GCUCCUUCCGGUCUGGCGCACUAUUCCGUCGUCAUGGCGCUGGCAAAGUCUGUCUACAAUCUGCUCUUCAGGAGAACGUCAACGUUCGCUAUAACCAUCAUGGUUGGAGCAGUCUUCUUUGAACGGAUGUUUGACCAAGGAGGCGAUGCUAUUUUCGAGCAGAUGAACCGGGGGAAACUGUGGAAGCACAUCAAACACAACUACGAGAACAAGGACGAGGAGUAGGGCGCGGCCUCAGGUCCUGGCAGAUAUGAAAUGAUUCCCACACUUCAUGUUCCAUUCUUCAUGGACUCCACACCUGAGUGUCGACCAACACUGGACAUUGUUCUGAGAGUCAAGCCAAGGCUGGCUGCGGGCUACCAGAAAUCCUGUGGGAAUUAAAGACUGGUCACAGCAUGGAGAUGGAGUAUUCGUCCCUGUCAACUUGUCCUCUUCCCUGUCAUUGCCUGCGAUGUCCUCCUUUCCCUUGCAACCUGUACAUGACUCAUUAAAUUAAACAAACGUGUUAAUGUCA